GACUCAAGUAACUUCAGUCAGGUGUACCGCGCCCUCCAGUAGUGACGUGCGACAAAAUCGGGUAUUUACUCUACGAUACCAAGUACCAGCCUUGAGCUAAAUUACAAUGGAUUUGGACCAGUUUGUCGGAAGGAAAUACAAACUAGCAACGGCCGAUGCUAAAAAUUUCGACGAAUAUUUGAAGUUUUUAGAAAUCGGCUUAGUGUCCCGCAAGACGGCCGGGUCAGUGAAUCCCGUGGUGGAGCUGACCAAGGACGAGAACGGCUACUACGUGCUGACGUUCCACACCCUGAUCAAGACCGUCCGCUCCGUCUUCAAGAUCGGCGAGGAGUUCCUCGAGGAGCGACCUGAUGGCGUCAAGGUGAAGUCCAAGAUGACGGUGGAAGAUGGCAAACUGGUGCACAUCCAGGUCGAAGACAAUGGCAGGACUUCCAAACAUGUGCGCACAUUCACCGAUGAAUCUAUUACUGCGGUGACCACAGCAGAGGGGUGGGACGGGGAGUGUGUUCGAGUAUAUAAAUAUGCAUCUUAGAGCAACAAAUUCAUCUGUAUUGUUCUCUUUGUACUGUUACCUAUACCUUUGUGUAGACCAAUUAGACUAUUAGAGGAUAAGUAGGAUCAAACAUUAAAGGCGAAUACCAAAUAAGGUAGAUAGAGUAUUGUUACAAUUUUGGUUGAUUAAUCGUGAAAUAAUUACCUUUUUUAGUACAUGAAUUUCACUGUGAAUAUAAGUACUAAUUAUUGUUUUCGAAUCGAAUAAAUUUAGGUUUUUAUGAAUAUUUAAAUUCAACGAGGCUUAUGUCAAAAUUUUAUCUUUUCGAGAAAAUGCAAUUACAUGUGACGUAAUGGCUAAUAUGCCCUGAAAGAUAAGAAUACCUUUCAGGAAUAACAUGCUAUUAAUUUCUAUUGUAAAUAUCAGGUACUUAUAUCCCACACAAAUACGUCAAAGCUAUCAAAAGUCCCCAGAAAAGGGAUACCUACAGCAUUAGAUACAUUCUUGCCAAAAAAAGUCUUCCAAAAAAUUAAAAACUUAUAAAUUAUUGUUACUGUAAUAAAUUUGUAAAUAUUUGAUAUUAAUUAUAACUUAAGUUAUAAUAGGAUUUUACAAUUAAAUAAUAGAUUUACAUUUGUUAUUGUAACGUAGUAUUCAAUUCUAGCUUAAACAAUCAACUUAAAUAUCUUUUGGAUAUGCCUUGUGGUGGUGAUUUACUUUCACAAAAAAAUAAAAAUGUUAUUUUAAUUGAUUUUUGUAACUACCGACUGCCAUACGUUAUCUUAGGUAUAGCACAGACGAGUGUAGAUAAGUCCUACCCUACUCUAAACGCUCUAUAUAAGCAGGUAUGUAUCAGGUUGUCCCCAACUGUACAAAGUAAAAAUUAUAAUUGUAUGUGAAAAUUUACAUAAGAUGAAACAUCAAAUUUUAUACAAAUAGUUAUAAUACCAACAUGUAGGAUUUAGGUACCUAUCACGUAGUUACCAUAUAAAUUGUUUUAUGCUAGUGUACUUACAAACAAGGUACCUAUGAUGUGAUGGUUAAAUAAUGAGCACAAAAUAAAGGUAUCUCAGUGUUUA